UAUGCCCAUAUCUAUAAGCAGCCUUGGGUAUUUUCCAAGGUUUUGUUCAAAGCCAUGAAUAAACCUACAAUUUCUUUACCGCCCUUUGGCUGCUUCUUUUUGUUCUUUUCUCUCUUCUUCUUUUUCUCCUUAUUCUCCUCUGUUGUUUUAGCACUCACCGAUGCAGAAGCUUCAUUUAUUCCGCAGCGACAGCUUUUGACGUUACCCGAAAAUGGCGAACUUCCUGAUGAUAUUGAGUAUGAGGUUGAUCUUAAGGUGACAUUUGCAAACCAUAGGCUUAAGAGAGCGUAUAUUGCACUCCAAGCCUGGAAAAAGGCGGUGUAUUCAGACCCAUUUAACACCACGGGAAACUGGCAUGGACCGCAUGUGUGUGGGUACACGGGCGUGUUCUGCGCCUCAGCUCUUGAUGAUCCUAAUGUCGCGGUUGUGGCGGGUGUUGAUUUGAAUGGGGCGGAUAUAGCAGGGCAUUUACCAGCUGAGCUUGGUUUGAUGACGGAUGUGGCGAUGUUCCAUCUGAAUUCGAACCGGUUCUGUGGUAUCAUACCCAAGAGUUUAGAGAAGUUGAGGCUAAUGCACGAGUUCGAUGUCAGUAACAACCGGUUUGUUGGACCUUUCCCUUCUGUUGUCCUCUCAUGGCCAGCCGUUAAGUACAUAGACGUUAGAUACAAUGAUUUCGAAGGUCAAGUCCCUCCUGAGCUUUUCAAGAAGGAUCUUGAUGCCAUUUUCUUGAACAACAACAGAUUCACGUCUACCAUUCCUGAUUCCAUUGGAGAAUCCUCAGCAUCUGUCGUGACCUUUGCUCACAACAAAUUCAACGGUUGUAUCCCUAAAACUAUUGGAAACAUGAAGAAUCUAAACGAGAUUAUCUUUAAGGACAACAAUCUUGGCGGUUGUUUCCCAUCAGAGAUUGGAAAGUUAGCCAAUGUGAAUGUGUUUGAUGCUAGCAUGAACUCCUUCACCGGUGUUUUACCACCGAGCUUUGUAGGGCUCACGGGUGUUGAAGAGUUUGAUAUCUCUGGGAAUAAACUCACAGGAUUUGUACCUGAGAAUAUAUGCAAACUACCUAAACUAGUUAACCUGACGUACGCCUUCAAUUACUUCAAUGGACAAGGCGAUUUGUGUAUUCCAGGUAGUCGCACGGAGAUUGCAUUGGACGAUACACGUAACUGCUUGCCUGAUAGGCCUAAGCAACGAUCAGCCAGGGAAUGUGCAAUUGUGAUUAGUCGUCCAGUUGAUUGUAGUAAGGACAAGUGCGCUGGUGGUUCAAGCCAUGUUGCACCGUCAAGGUCCACAUCACCUGUGCCAACUAGGCCGGUUCAUAAACCACAAACACCAAAAGAGUCGCCACCUGUUCCAACUAGGCCUGUCCAUAAACCACAACCACCAAAAGAGUCACCACAUGUGCCAACUAGGCCGGUCCAUAAACCACAACCACCAAAAGAGUCGCCACAUGUGCCAACUAGGCCGGUCCAUAAACCACAACCACCAAAAGAGUCUCUACUCCCCACCACCACCUCCAGUAAAGUCACCACCACCACCACCAACACCAACACGGACAGUAGAAGCACCACCACCAAGUGA